CCCACAUCGGAAAUAUAAGAAAUAAUCUACUACUAUAUAAAGGGUUAGGGCCAAUCCACUAAUUGCCAAUUGGUUUUGAGUUGGAAGCCCAUAAUAAACCCGAAUCUAACAUGGUAUCAAAGCGAUAAGAUCCUUUGACCUAAUUUACUACAAUUACUACUACUAUACUGAUGUUGGGCCCUGAUGUUGGGCCCUCUGUGGAUGUUAUUCCCACAUUGUCCACGCUUCAGACCUAGAUGUCUGAGCGUGAGGGAGUGUAUUGAUGAGAAACAUCCCACAUCGGAAAUAUAAGAAAUAAUCUACUACUAUAUAAAGGGUUAGGACCAAUCCACUAAUUGCCAAUUGGUUUUGAGUUGGAAGCCCAUAAUAAACCCGAAUCUAACACAAUACAAUUCAUAAUUUGGGCUGUCGUUUUGUCGAAGACGAUAAUGCUACAAUGAUAUGUCCAGUACUGUGUGAUAUACAUACGUGCCUUGUUGCCACUAGUAAUUUAAAAAAAUAUCGUCGUCGGUCCUGGAAGUCUCAAGUCAUUUUCUUUAGAAGUGACCCAUGAUAUAAAUUAAUAGAUCAAUCAUCCCCAAACAAAAAAAAAACAUAUAGAUUCGGCUGGUCCAUCCAAAUCCUGUAUACUAUUGCCAGUUUUCAUCUGUCAGAAUUAUAAAAUUUUCAAAUCAAGUAGCUCUGAAUUGGUGAAAUAUCAUUAUCAAACAGAAAUGGAACAACCCACUACUAGUUUUCAUUCUCUAUAUAACCUCUACUCUUUAAAUAACGUCAAUACAGCAAGUGAACCUCCCAAAAAAUAUAGUUUCAAUGAAAACAAAACCAUCAAUGUAUCUUUCUCUCAUAUCAUUCUUGUUCCUCUGCUUCAACAUCAUAACCUUGGCUUCAUCAUCAUCAACAUGGUAUGAUAAUCAUAUCUCACCGAGAGAGGUUAGCCAAGAAGAAAAUUUCAAUUUCGGAAACGACUUCCUCUUUGGCACUGCUUCUUCUGCUUACCAGUAUGAGGGAGCUUACUUAACUGACGGUAAAGCCCUAAGCAAUUGGGACGUUUUCACAAGCAUCUCUGGAAAAAUCGCAGAUGGAAGCCACGGCAAAGUCUCUGUCGAUCAUUACCAUCGAUAUCCGGGAGACUUGGAUCUGAAGAAAGAUCUUGGAGUUAAUAGCUAUCGAUUUUCUUUAUCGUGGGCUCGGAUUCUUCCAAAGGGAAGAUUUGGAGAUGUGAACAUGGAAGGUAUUAAUCAUUACAACAGAAUGAUCAAUGCUAUUCUCAAAAGAGGGAUGGAGCCAUUUGUCACGUUGACACAUUAUGACAUGCCUCAAGAACUCGAAUGUAGAUAUGGAAGUUGGCUAAACCCGCAAAUCCGGGAAGAUUUCGAACAUUACGCAGAGAUAUGCUUCCGACACUUUGGGAAUAGAGUUAAGUUCUGGACUACGUUUAACGAACCGAACGUUCAAGUGAUUUUGGGUUAUCGUAAAGGGACUUACCCGCCAUCACGUUGUUCCAAAACUUUCGCAAACUGCACACGUGGCGGUUCCGACAUAGAGCCACUUGUCGCUGCUCAUAAUAUCAUCCGCUCACAUUUUGCCGCGGUCAGCUUAUACCGGGAAAGAUUUCAGGAACAAGGAGGAAAGAUCGGUAUUGUUAUGAACGCGAUCUGGUUUGAACCGGUUAGUGACUCUUUAGCAGAUAGUUUAGCUGCUGAGAGAGCUCAAGCUUUCUACUUGACUUGGUUCUUAGACCCGAUUGUGUUUGGAAGAUAUCCAAGAGAAAUGCAAGAAAUUCUUGGACAAGAUCUUCCGAAGUUUACGAGGGAUGAUCUUAAAAGCUCAAAGAAUGGAUUAGACUUCAUUGGGAUUAAUCAGUACACAAGCAGAUACGCUAAAGAUUGUCUGCACUCAGUAUGUGAACCGGGCAAAGGAGGUUCCAGAGCUGAAGGUUUCGUCCAUUCAAACGCUCUUAAAGACGGUUUAGCUUUAGGAGAACCGACCGGAGUAAACUGGUUUAAUGUUUAUCCUCAAGGAAUGGAAGAGAUGUUGAUGUAUGCAACAGAGCAAUACAAAAACAUUCCAUUGUAUGUAACAGAAAAUGGUUUUGGUGAGAACAGUACGGGAGUAUUGUUAAACGAUUACCGGAGAGUGAAGUUUAUGAGCAACUACUUAGAUGCACUCAAAAGGGCCAUGAGGAAAGGAGCAGACGUAGGAGGAUACUUUACAUGGUCUUUACUCGACAACUUUGAGUGGAUAUCAGGUUAUACCGUAAGGUUUGGUAUGUACCACGUCGAUUUCAACACUCUAGAGAGAACCCCAAGACUAUCAGCUUCUUGGUACAAGAACUUCAUUUCCAAGCACAUGAGCUCUCAAUCUAAAGAUGAUGCAUGAAACAAAAGGAAGACCCAUGUUGUUUGUAUCUCUUGUUUGAUUUCUUCAACAAAGCAUAUAAAAAUAUCAUAACAAGUUCCAAUAAUAAACAAAAGACAUUUUCAUUGCUUAUAACAAAA